AUGAGAACAAGCAACCACUUAAUCGGUGUUCUAAACUUCCUAACCUUCCUCCUCUCAAUCCCAAUCCUCGGCGGUGGAAUAUGGCUCAGCAGCAGAGCAAACAACACCGACUGCCUCAAAUUCCUCCAAUGGCCAUUAAUCAUAAUCGGCAUAAGCAUCAUGGUUGUUUCACUAGCAGGUUUCGCCGGCGCGUGUUACAGAAACACCUUUCUCCUACGCCUUUACCUCGUAGUCAUGUUUUGCGUCAUCGCUGUUCUUAUAGGGUUCAUAAUCUUUGCUUAUGUCGUAACCGAUAAAGGCUCGGGAAGAAGCCUUACCAAUAAAGGUUAUUUGGAUUAUUACCUGGAAGAUUAUUCUGGGUGGUUAGAGGAACGUGUUGCCAGUGAUGGUUAUUGGGGGAAGAUUAGUUCUUGUAUAAGGGAUUCUAAAGUUUGCCGUAAAUUAGCCAGGAAUUAUAAUGGUCAGCCUGAAACGGGUGAUAUGUUCUUCCAGAGAAAACUUACUUCUGUUCAGUCUGGUUGCUGCAAACCUCCAACAGAUUGUGGCUUCAUCUAUCAAAAUGAAACAGUGUGGAUGCCAGGAACAGGACUAAUAGCAAACAACCCUGACUGCCCAAAAUGGAACAAUGACCAACAAGAGCUUUGUUAUAGCUGUGAUUCUUGCAAAGCUGGUGUGCUUGCUAGUCUCAAGAAAAGUUGGAGGAAAGUCUCAGUGAUCAACAUCAUUGUUAUGAUCAUCCUUGUGAUUGUUUACAUAGUUGCUUAUUAUGCUUAUAGAAACAACCGCAGGAUGGAUAAUGAUGAGCCUUAUGGUGAAGCAAGGAUGACAAAAUCACAACCAAGUGCUUUUCAUCUUUAA